UCAUGUAUUCAUCCCAACUUUGCACAUUGCUUCUGAAAAUACUACCUUUCUUUAAUUUGGCAUAACAACAAUGGAACUUCCUAUUCCAAACCUUUGCUUUACCCUUUUCUUCUUCUUAUUUCUUGCAACAACCAACGCAAGCUUAUUCCGAGAAUACAUAGGAGCAGAGAACAAUGUCAAAUUUUCAGAUGUUCCUAUUAACCAAGAUGUCGAAUUUCACUUCAUUCUCUCCUUUGCUAUUGACUAUGACACAUCAUCAUCUCCUUCUCCCACAAAUGGAAAAUUCAACGUUUUUUGGGAAACAGAAAACCUAACCCCAACCCAAGUUUCUUCCAUCAAGAGCAAGAACUCAAAUGUCAAAGUAGCCAUGAGUCUUGGAGGAGAUAGUGUUGAAGGUGGCUCUGCUUACUUUGAUCCAUCUUCAGCUGAUUCUUGGGUUUCUAACGCCGUUUCUUCGCUUACAAACAUAAUCAAGGAGUACAACUUGGACGGAAUCGACAUUGACUAUGAGCAUUUCAAAACAGACCCUGAAACAUUUGCUGAUUGCAUAGGGAGGGUAAUCAAGACUCUUAAAGCCAAUGGGGUUAUCUCUUUUGCUUCAAUUGCUCCAUUUGAUGAUGAUCAGGUUCAGAGUCAUUACAUGGCCUUGUGGAAGAGUUAUGGGAACCUCAUUGAUUAUGUUAAUUUCCAAUUCUAUGCAUAUGACAAGGGUACUAGUGUGGAUCAGUUUAUUGAUUACUUCAACAAGCAAAGUGCAAAUUACAAUGGUGGGAAGGUGUUGGUGAGUUUCAUUAGUGAUGGGAGUGGUGGGUUGUCACCAAAUGAUGGAUUCUUCACGGCAUGUCAUAGGCUGAAGAGUCAGCAAAAGCUUGAUGGUAUCUUUGUGUGGUCUGCUGAUGAUUCUAUGGGAAAUGGUUUCCCCUAUGAGAAGCAAUCACAAGCCCUUUUGGCUAUACCGUAGUAAAUUAAGAAAAAAAGUAUAUGUCAAGAACAAUUAUAAUGUAUUGAUACUUAUCAGACUUGAUAUUAUGUAAAUAUAUAUAUAUACAUACAUGAAUUUCAUGCGCAUUUUAAUUUGGCU